CUACCAGCUGCCCCGUAAUAUCUCGCUGUCGAGCCCAAUCCUGUCCCAGAAACCAGCCCCCAGAGAUACUAGCCUGCCAGUCGACCAGUACCACGCCUGCAGCAUACGACCGCGUCCACGACUCCCCACCCCCUCCCCAUCGCGUCCCAUUUGAUGAACCGACCGCAAUGAUCCCUUCACCCCGGCGGGCAGCUUCGACUCCCGCUGUACACACCUUGUCUGAAGUCUGGGACGAUGACGAAGGAUGGCAAGAUAUGCCAGUUGUCCGGUCAGAGGCAAACCCUUUUGGUCUCGACGACGAGGAUCAAAAAAAGUAUCACUAUCAAGUUCCUACCCGCCUUGAAGACGACCCCUCCUCCCCGAAUCCAGCUGGGGCUGGCAACGCUACAGGCGCCCAUCUUGAGCUCGAAAGUGAAACUGCCGCCACCGGUUCAUGGCGGGCCAAAAUUGAUCAGGACGAAUCUGAUUACACCCGCUUGAGGCUGGACGAGGAUGAGGAGAGUGAAGAAGUGCAUAUGAGGACGCGGUAUCUGUUCGAUGAGGACAAGGCGAUGACGCCGUUGAGUCAAAUGCAAGCGACGAAAGAGCUUUUGACGGAGGGACAGAGAAUCGCGUAUGUGGGUCUCUGUCAAUUGAUCAUGCGGCGGAUGUUGCGGGACAUGGGCCGAGGCUGGGAAGGAUACAAGGCAAAGAAGGUGUUGGGCAUCAAAGGCGGCAAAUCUGAAGUGCCGGUGGUGGAGAGUGGGCAUAUAUGGAUGCUCAAGAUUAUGGCGAGGCUGUAUCAGCACAUGGAGCUCAGCAAAGAUGGUAUGUCAAGUUUGAAUCGUUAGAGUCUACUGAUCUUUGGGCAGAACAACGCAUGAUUGAGAGCCUGGCAGAGCAUGGCGUCGACCCCUCUGAUCUGGUACCCGCUCUGAUGACCACCCACACUGUCAACAACCCCGACUACGACCCUCAAGAAAAGCAGCGAGCAGACUUGGAGGAAGCCGGAAUAAUAGAACAGCAAGCCGAUGAUGAGACCCUCCGCGAAGAAAAGUCUCGUCGAAAAAGUCAUGAAGCGGAAGAGGUCUCCGAUACAGAGACCGAAGCGCCUCCUCCUUAUUCUCGGCGAGAGCAAACAGAAAGCGUUGCAUCUACGCAAUCUAGCCAGAAAUCAUUAGAUUUGGAGUUGUCGUCAAAGCCUAUCAAUCCUUUUGGGUUUGAUGACGAUGACGAAACCGACAUAUCCAUCCCUGCACCGUCCUUCAAGUCUCUCAAGUCCCGCGAGCCUCUUGCGUCUACAUCGCCCAAGAGCGUCAAUCCUUUCGGGUGGGACGACGAGGAAGAUGUACCGCCGCCCUCUACCAUAAAACGAACGCCUUCUUCUGAUCCCGUUGGGGAUGACAGUGGUGACAUCGGUGGUGCUCUUUCACCACCUCUGUCCUCGACCGAAUCUACGGCUUCACCCUUGUCUCCUGCAGAACCUUCUUUACCCCUCACUCCACCCGAGACUGCUAAAUCCGGAGAUGAAAAAGCAGCGCCGGCCAAAACGGAAGAAGACAUGGUUGAGAAGGCGAAAGACUUGGACGAAGGAGAAAAGACUCCCAAGAAUGAUCCCAAUGUUCUCUUUGACGCGGCAGAUCGCCAAGCGCCCGCCCCCCUUCCAUCCUUGCCCGGCGUCUCGACUUCUCUGUCGACCACAGAUCAGCUGGUAACCCUUGAUAUUCGUUGGACAAUCCUAUGUGAUCUCUUCCUCGUCUUGAUUGCCGAUGCUGUCUUUGAUGCUCGGUCAAGGACGUUCUUGACACAGGUCGCCGCAGCCUUGGGCUUUGACUGGUUAGACGUAGUACGCUUUGAAAACAGAGUGACGGAGGCUUUGGAAAUUCAGGAAGGCAUGGAGAAGAAGGAGCAAAAGGAGAUCAUCGAUGGAAGAAAAAAGGCAGCUAGAAAUAAGAGAUAUGCCAUGAUGGGCGCUGCUGCUCUUGGCGGUGGUUUGGUCAUCGGGCUUUCCGCUGGUUUGAUGGCACCGCUUAUCGGAGCUGGUCUUGGCGCCGCUUUCACAACAGUCGGCAUCACUGGGACUACAGGAUUUCUGGCUGGUGCCGGGGGUGCGGCUGUUAUCACCACAGGUGGAGUCUUGACUGGCGCCAAUAUCGCUGGAAGAGGAAUGGCUAGAAGGACGAGAGAAGUGCGAACGUUCCAGAUGAAACCUCUCCACAACAACAAGAGGGUCAGCUGUUACAUUACCAUGGGAGGAUUCAUGGCCAGUAAAGUUGAUGACGUCCGGCUCCCGUUUUCAGUUCUCGAUCCAUCUGUUGGUGAUGUGUUUUCGAUCCUGUGGGAGCCAGAGAUGAUGGAAGAGAUGGGCGGCGCCCUCAAGAUCUUUGGUUCCGAGAUCCUGACACAAGUUGGUCAACAAGUAUUGCAGGCUACAGUCAUGACUGCCCUAUUGAGCGCUUUACAAUGGCCUCUGAUCCUGACCAAACUCGGGUACCUCAUCGACAAUCCUUGGUCAAACGCCCUCGACCGCGCGAGAGCAGCAGGUCUUCUUCUGGCAGAUGUGAUCAUGCAGCGCCACGCUGGUGUUCGUCCCAUUUCACUCAUCGGAUUCUCCCUGGGCGCCCGAGCGAUCUUCUACGCCCUCAUCGAGCUGGCCCGAAACAAGGCUUUCGGGCUCGUUCAAGAUGUCUUCAUAUUCGGCACCACCGUCACUGCGUCUCGAACCACCUGGCUAGAUGUCCGUAGCGUAGUGGCCGGACGGUUCGUCAAUGGGUACGCCACAAACGACUGGAUGCUUGGAUACCUCUUCAGAGCCACGUCUGGUGGUUUAAACACUGUGGCGGGGUUGAGGCCGGUCGAGUCCGUGCAAGGACUGGAGAACGUGGACGUGACUGAGCUCAUUACUGGCCAUAUGAGCUACCGAAGCUGUAUGCCACAACUGCUGAAAAAGGUUGGCUUCCCUGUCACGGCAGAAUACUUUGAUGAACCUGAGGACCCCGACGUUGAUAUGAGCGUCCAGGAGCGAACGAUAGUCAACGAAGCCGAAGAAGAGGCAAAAAAGAACCGCAGAAAGAUUCUUGGGAUCUUCCCGGUCAAGCAGACAUCUGCGUCGAACUCUGGACAAAAUACUCCCAAUGCAGGCGCAUCUACGCCUACUACAACGCAGGCUGCCGCCGCUGGCGAGUACGAGCUGGAGGAUGAUGAUGAUCUUCCUCCGCGAGAGGAAGUCGACAUUGGAGAGCUUCCUUCGGCCAAGUCUCACUCGCCAGCCUCAGGCAUGGAGAAGGAGGCUACAGAUGCUGAAGAUGCUGCGCAGGCAGAAAGAGCGAGAGCAGUCAAAGAAGAGGAAGAUCGUCGCUUGGAGGCAGAAGAAGUCAAAGCCAUUCCCAAGACCGCCGGCUUUGACUUCCAGGCGAUCUCGCGAGAACUCGGCAAAGACAUUGAUGUCGACAAGCUUCGUGAGCCCGAGCCUCGCAAGCUCCCGCCUCUGCAUGUUCCCCUCUCUGAGCCUCGCCCUCUAGAGAGGAGUGGUUCAGCUCCUCCACCUCAUGAUUUUGCCCCUCCGCCUGUUGAUGAUGCUUGGUCUUCUACGGCGCCCGAUAACGGCAAGAGCUCGAAAUUAUUCCCAGCCGAGCUGGACGACGGGGGCGACAUAUCCGGUAACACCUACAAGGUCAGACAGAUGUCUUUGGCCGAUGAUAUGCCCAGCUGGGGUAAUCCAGAGCCGGUGACAACCCCAUCACCAGACACUGGUCACCAAUCGUCAUCUACAGGCUCCAGGUGGGCCUGGAAUACAUGGGGGUCAAGCUCAAGUGCUACCGGCACAUCCACUCCUGGUCUCAAGCUCCCAAAGGCUGCGCCUCCCGCCAAACCUCAUCCUCCAGAGUUCCUGAAUGCAUGGGGAGAGAGUGAGGCGUCUGGUGGAUUUGCAAGCAGUAUGGAGGUCAUUUCAGGGAUGAACUCUCCAGCGGGCUAUGAAGCAAAUAAGAAGAGAAUAGACGAGGAGAGAAUGGCGGAGGAGAAUCCUUGGUAAUCUUCAAACAUAGGUAUAUACGUGUAUUCUAGUUCCGUGGUUUUUUUUUGUCUUCUUGCAUUCAUCAGAGAUGGGAUCUCUUGACAUCAAUGC